GAGGGAGGGAGGGAGCCGGGCCGCGGAAAUCCGCCCGCCUCUCGCCCUCGUUGUCUGUUCGAUCGGGGAGCAGAAGAAAGAGUUUUGGUUUGGGCUCCGUAGGUUUUAGAGCGUGGAGAGAACGGAGGAAUUUUGAACGGAACCUAGGGUUUUAGGAGUGCUGGUGAGAUCGAAGUGUUUCUUUUACUUUUGGUUUGGUAUUUCGUACCGUGUGCGCGGAGCUGCUGUUCUCUGACUCUUGGGAGUCGUAAUCGAGUAGCUAAGGUUAUUCUCCCUUUCGUGUUUGGUUAUCGAGGGCUUCACAAGAGAAAAAAAAUAUUAUUUGGCUCUAGAGCUAUUGAGCUUGGCGAUUUGAUCGAAGGAUUUCAGUUCAUGUUAGGGGAAUCUACGGUUCAUAUGCAUAGAAAGUGAGCCCUUUGCUUCGGCAUUUUGUGGGAUUUGAACACAGGUUUCUUUCGGAGAAGUGCAUGUAAUGCUGGUUACUUGGUAAUAUGUCUGGCUGCUAGAAACGGCGGGAUCUUGAGCUCCCAGGACUAAAUUCUCCUACAAAAUAGGGUUCUGAUUGACUUUAUAGCAACUUCAGAGCUUCUCUUAUGUUAAAAUUGGGUCUUGCCAGUAACAGGUGUUGCUCGAUUUGCUGAUUUCUGCUACCGGAAACACAAGUAUAUCAAAGUUUUGGGUUUUCGCUAAAAGUUCAAGAAAUGGCUCUCAAGGCUUCACCGCUAGAAGCUGCUGAGAUUGCAAUUCGCUCGAUUGGGCUAGGGUAUGACAUAACUGAUGAUAUCCGGCUCAAGUACUGCAAAAGGGACUCACCAGAUCCUUUCCUGAUCGAUCUCGGUAACGAUCAAGUUCAAGAAAUUGUUCUUCCGGAUGGUAUUUCUAUUCUCAAGGUUCCGAAGUCCAUUAAAUGUGAUAAAGGAGAGAGGAUGAGGUUCGGGUCUGAUGUUCUCUCUUUUCAACAGAUGUCUGAGCAGUUCAACCAGCAGCUAUCUUUGUCAGGAAAAAUUCCUUCUGGCUUGUUCAACCAUAUGUUUGAAUUUUCAGGCUGUUGGCAGAAAGAUGCAGCAAACACCAAAUUCCUUGCGGUCAAUGGGUGGUUUAUUACCCUAUACACUGUUGCCUUAACAAAAUCUCAGAUUGUCCUUCAUGAUCAUGUUAAGCAAGCUGUUCCAUCAUCAUGGGAUCCUGCUGCCUUGGCAAGGUUUAUUGAAAAAUUUGGCACCCAUGUUAUUGUUGGUGUGAAGAUGGGAGGGAAGGAUGUAAUUUAUGUGCGACAGCAGCACUCAUCAAAUCUCCAACCAAUUGAAGUUCAGAAGAGGUUAAAGGACAUGGCAGAUAAGAGGUUUCCAGAUGCGAAUGGGCAGUAUGGAACGAAUGCUGAUGAAGCAUAUGAGAAAGAUAAGGUUGAUUUUAGAGAGCGACGCAUGAGGUUUGUAGAGUCCACUCCAUCAAGUUCUUACUCAGCAAAGGAGGAUAUUAUGCAAAUAUUCAAAAGGAGGGGGGGAAAUGAGAAUAAGGAUUUAUCACAUUACGAGUGGUUGAACAGUGUCCCAUCAGAACCUGAUGUUAUCUCAAUGUCCUUUGUACCGAUCAGUUCUCUCUUGAAUGGAGUUCCCGGCAGUGGAUUCUUGACCCAUGCCAUCAAUCUAUAUCUGCGCUAUAAACCACCAGUUACAGAACUUCAUCAGUUUUUGGCGUUUCAGUUACCAAGGCAAUGGGCCCCUGUUUUUGGUGACCUUCCCCUUGGACCUCAGGGAAAGCAACAGAGCAGUGCACAUCUACAGUUCACCAUCAUGGGUCCUAAGCUUUAUGUCAAUACUAAUGUGGUUGAUGUAGGCAAGAGGCCAGUGACUGGCCUUCGCUUGUACUUGGAAGGGAGGAGAAGCAACAGAUUAGCAAUUCAUCUGCAACAUCUGUCUUCUCUUCCUCGAAUCUUUGAGCUCCAGGAUGACCCCACCAACAGCUUCUCUCAUGAAUCACAUGAUCGCAAAUACUAUGAACCUCUUCAAUGGAGACACUUUUCCCACAUCUGCACUGCCCCUGUUGAAUCUAGUGAUUUCUCAAUCGUCACUGGGGCUCAGUUGCAUGUAGCGCACCAUGGCCUCAAGAAAGUCCUUUUCCUUCGCCUACACUUCUCAACUGUUACUAAUGCUACGCUGGUCAAGAAUCCAGAGUGGGGGGGAUCUCCUGGCUUGGCUCAAAAAUCUGGCCUCAUCUCAACACUGAUCAGCACCCACUUUACUGCUGCCUUCCAAAAGCAGCCACCUCGGCCUGCAGAUGUGAACAUCAACUCAGCAGUAUAUCCUGGUGGACCUCCAGUUCCAAUACAGACUCCGAAGCUUCUUAAAUUAAUUGAUACAACUGAGAUGGUGCGGGGUCCGCAGGAUAUGCCUGGUUACUGGGUGGUCUCUGGAGCAAAACUGCACGUGGAGAGGGGUAAGAUCUCUCUGCAUGUUAGGUACUCACUUUUGACAGUUUGUUUGCCUGAUGAUGAAGUGUUUAUGGAAUAGAAGGUUAAAAAGAGAAGUUGGAAGUGGAGUGAAUGGAAAAUUUGGUGUCAGAUGUAAGUAUUCUCUGUAUGCGCGGUAAAACAGAAAGUCUUAAGAAAAGAUUACUGGAAAUGGUUGAGGGGGAAUGAUGGAGUCUCUAGGGUUGUUAUGAUGUAUAGGGUCGGUAUGAUUUACCAAUUACCACAGUUUCCGGAAGUUUUUUUUUUUCUCAUGAUAUACAUCCAUGUUCAUUGGGUGGUUGCCUGUACUUGGGUUAUAUCUUUCGAUGCAGUAUUGCAUCUGUUGUUAUUUCUCUUAACAUCUUGUAAAUUGUUUAGCAUUUCUUGGGGAAAAAAAACAAACAUAUAAUCUUUGGUAAGCAAAUGAGAUUUUUUUUCUUAAGAAA